GUCCGGACCACAUGUCCUCCCUAACCCUAAAUCCUCACCUCCUAACACUUCACCUAUAAAACUGACUUGUAGCCAAGGGGUGGCCGGAGGUGGCCAUUGCCACCCCAGCUUCAGCGUGGUGACCCUUCUGACCACCCCAGUCAAACAGGCGAGUGAAGCCAGCGCUCUGGGUCCUCCAGCAGUGCUGCUCUGUGGGACACAUUAUGCGAUGCUAAGUGGUAAACGCGGAGUCUGCCGAGCGCUGCGGCUCUGGGGCACAUUUCGCGCUGAAGGAGGGAUAUGAGAUCUUAAAGUUCUGCUGUCCAGGAUCAACAUGGCUCACAUCACGAUCAAUCAGUACCUCCAGCAGGUGCUGGAGGCCAUUGACACAAGGGAUGGAGUGUUCUGUGCAGAGCUGCUGUCAUUCAAACACCCACAUGUAGCCAAUCCCCGUUUGCAGCUUUCCAGUCCGGAAGACAAGUGUCAGCAGGUGCUAGAACCUCCUUAUGAUGAGAUGGUUGCGGCACAUCUCAGAUGCACGUAUGCUGUGGCCAACCAUGACUUUGUGGAGGCGUACAAAUGCCAGACAGUUGUGGUCCAAUCAUUUUUGAAAGCUUUUCAAGCACACAAAGAGGAGAACUGGGCUUUGCCUGUGAUGUUUGCUGUAACUCUUGAUCUGCGAGUAUUCGCCAACAAUGCAGAGCAGCAGCUGCAGAAGAAGGGCAAAGGAAAGGUGGGAGACAUGCUGGAGAAAGCAGCCGAGCAGCUGAUGAGCUGCUUCCGAGUGUGUGCCAGUGACAAUCGCGCUGGCAUUGAUGAUUCCAAGAAAUGGGGGAUGUUGUUCCUCAUCAACCAGCUGUUCAAGAUCUAUUUCAAGAUCAAUAAGCUGCAUCUCUGUAAGCCUCUAAUCCGGGCCAUUGACAGCUCCAACCUGAAGGACGACUAUAGCAUGGCCCAGAGAGUCACUUACAAGUACUACGUGGGCCGCAAGGCAAUGUUUGACAGCAACUUCAAACUGGCGGAAGAGUACCUGUCCUUCUCCUUCCAGCACAGCCAUCGCUCCUGCCAGAGAAACAAGCGGCUCAUCCUCAUCUACCUUCUGCCUGUCAAGAUGCUGCUAGGCCACAUGCCAACGACCCAACUGCUCAAGAAAUAUGACUUAAUGCAGUUCACAGAUGUUACCAAGGCAGUGAGUGAGGGCAACCUGUUGUUGUUGAAUGAAGCUCUAGCCAAGCAUGAGACGUUCUUCAUCCGCUGCGGUAUCUUCCUCAUCCUUGAGAAGCUGAAGAUCAUCACCUACAGGAACCUUUUCAAGAAAGUGUAUCUUCUGCUAAAGACACACCAGCUCCCUCUUGAUGCAUUCUUGGUGGCGCUGAAGAUGAUGCAGGUGGAGGAGGUUGACAUUGACGAAGUUCAGUGCAUCCUGGCCAAUCUCAUAUACAUGGGUCACAUCAAAGGUUACAUCUCACACCAGCACCAAAAGUUGGUUGUCAGUAAGCAGAACCCUUUCCCUCCAUUGUCCUCUGUGUCUUAAACUGCAUCGCUUUGAAAAGUCUGAACCUGGAACAACAAUCCUCUACUAACGUUGACUGCUGCAUUCAUCACAUAUUCCUGAUAUUACUGUCAUUUUGACCUCCUAAUUACAAUUUUUUUUUUUUUUGCAAAUUCAUAAAAGUUGAUGGCUAUGACUAAAAACUAUGAUAACAGUGGGCUGAUAUUAUGUGUCUGUCAGUUACUUCCAUUUCCAAAAAUUUUCUUUUUGACAAAUAUUUAAAGGUGAAAAGAUUUACCAGCUGCUCACUUAAAGCAGCAUUUCCAGUUUAGAAAGAAAUUAAGCUCUGUACAAUUUAGCAGGUGAUUUGAAUGGACUACUUGAAUGCAGCAGUUAGACACUUGCAUUCUUGUUGCUACACAGCAUAGCUUUUCCAGAUGGUGUAUUUUACUCCUUUGAGGUUUUUUUUAUUAUUGGUUAUGUAAAAUAAAUGUGUCAUUAUUUUGUA